AUGGUUAUGAAGUCCUCCAUCGCCGCCUCCCUCUCGGCCCUGGCUGCCGUGGCUGCAGCCCGCGAUGUUCCCGCCAACGUCAAGAGCUUCUACAACAGCAUCCGAGGCCAGGGACAAUGCCGCAACGUUCUCGCCGGGGGCUUCCAUAGCAUAGACGGCGAUUCGGGAAAGGGCCCUGACAUGAAGCCCGUAGACUUUGACUACUGCGGCGACCACAUCAGCGACUACAGCGUCAUCUACCUGCAGGGCAAAAACGGCCAGCUGGCCAACAUGGACAUCGACUGCGACGGCAUCCAGCACGGCCCGGCCGACGACGGCCGCUGCGGCUCCUCGGGCGACACCCAGUCCGUCACGUCCUUCGCCGACACCCUCCGCGGCUACGGCACCGGCCAGCGCGAUCUCGACGCCAAUGCCCAUCCGUACGUCGUCUUUGGCAACACGGGCAGCAGGAAGGGCUACGCAAACUUUGACCCGAGGAAGUACGGCGUCGAGCCGCUGAGCGUCAUGGCCGUCGUGUGCAACAACAAGCUGAUCUACGGCGUUUGGGGCGACGAGAACGGCGACGACGGCCCCGAGUCCAUGGUCGGCGAAGCCUCCAUUUCCCUUGCCACGGCGUGCUUUGGCCGCGGCGUCAACGGCAACUCGGGCCACGACGACAACGACGUCUUGUACAUUGCGUUCCCGGGCAGGGACGCCGUCCCCGGAGCAAAGGGCGCCAAGUGGAAUGCCCAGAACUACGACGAGUUUGAGGACAGCAUCGCCGGCCUGGGGAAUGAGCUGAUUCAGAGAAUCGGCGGCGGGAACCAGCCUCCUCCUACUGGAUCUUGUUCCUGGAAGGGACACUGUAAAGGUGGGUGA